AUGGAUGCCCGCCAGCUCUCCGAGCUGCCGUCUGUGCUCCGCUUGAUUGACCGCAUCCAACGGGUGCUUGCUGCUUACAGGCUUUGGCUGCAAGAGCAACGGGGCCGUCUCGACGGAGCCUAUCUUCAGAUAGCCAGUUUGCGUGCUCAAGGACCGGGCUUACAGGAGCUCCGCGAGGAGGUGGCUCGCACUGUUCUGAAUUUCAACGGCAGGCUUCAGGAUACCGAAGACGAUCUUGAGAACAUUUCGGCCCAGCACACACUUGCACUGCAAAUUUUCGAGCUCCGUCUUCAGCGUUUUUCUCAGGCGCUGCUGAUUCUGGGUGUCUUUCUUGUGCAGCUGCUACGGGGGGAUGAGUUGCCAGUGGUUGCAUCGCCUGACCUUGAGUCUCCUCAGGGUGGUGUUUUCAGUGAAUCCGAGCAAGGUUCGGCCGGCGGAGAGCCCCGCCUCCCAAGCGAUGCAUCUGGUGUCGCGACAGAGCAUGCUCUUGAAGUGGACCAGCAAGCUAGUGCAGGUAAUGGGGCCAGCUCGGCCGGCAAAGGCACCCAGCAAGCCUCGUUUUCGGAGGAUCCGAUUGAAGCUUUGCAACUGCCUUGGGAGACUCCGUUGAUGAAAGCAAUUUUCUCGAACGACACUCCUACGGCGAUUGCAGGCUUGCCGCCUGUGACCUUGGCUGUCAAGGAGGCCCCGCCUGCCCUGCCAGCUCAGGUCGUGCUGCAUCGCAAGGGUCCCGCAGUUGCCAGUGCCUUGUUCGAGGGUAACAUUUGUGCGCAUGCCAUUCGGAAAUUCAGAGAUGAGGAUGAUGCCAUGCGGGAGGAAAGGUUGCUACAUCGUGCUGCGGCAAAGUGGUCCUUCAUUGUCUUCAGGUAUGCCCGCGAGUUGGGCUUAGCACCGACCUCGGAAGAGGAAGUCAUUGCGUGCUUCGGCACCCGGUCAGUGCACACAGUCACCAAGCGUGCUAACACUUUUGCUGCUUUCAUGCGAUGGCUUGAUGUGCUAACCAACUCCAGCAUCUCAGCAUUUUGUGAUGAAGCCUACUGGAAAUACCUGCGGUUCCUUGAGUCCUCGGGCGCAUCCGCGUCCAGCGGUACAUCCUUCUUGGCGAGUGUCAGGUUCGGAAAGUAUGUAAUGGGAUUGGACUGCACCGAGGAGCCCAGCAGGCGUUGCGUGGGGUUGGCCGAGAAGCUUGCGGGACAAGCUGGCGUGGUGAGACAAGCAGCGCCGCUGACAGUAGCGCAGAUCCUUGUCCUUCACGAAAAGUUGCAUGCCGAUGCAACUAGCCUUUGGGAUAAAGUCUUUUGCGCCUACUGCUUGAUUGCCCUCUACGGCAGAGCCCGUCAUAGUGAUCUUAAGCGAGUUGACUACAUUGAGUGGGACGUGCCUUCCUCGGGGGUUGGUUCAACUGAAGGCUGCCAGGGGUACAUCAUAAUCUACACCCGACACCAUAAGACGUCGCGGGCCACUGCAAAGAAGGCUCGUUUGUUGCCAAUCAUCGUGCCAGUGGCUGGAAUACACUCUCGGCCAUGGAUCUUCGCAGCUAAGGAUGCCUUCGAGAAGGUGGGGCUCUCUUUGUCGGGAGACAUAAAAGGGCCUCUGUGUAGGCCUCCGAAGGACCUUGAUUCGAAAAGCCUGUGCAACCGAAGCGUGACCUCCGAUGAGAUCUCCAUCUUUGUCCGGCUGGUCUUGGGCCUCGGCAGAGAGGCUCCCGAGCUUGGUGAGCGUGUGACCAGUCAUAGCCUAAAGCGAACAUGCCUCUCGUGGGCCAGCAAGGCAGGAUUCGAUCGCUUGACCAGGUGCUGCCUAGGUCGUCAUGCAUACACAACUGAGGGUACCGAAGCAAUCUACUCAGUGGAGUUGGGGCUGCCUCAUGUUCAGAAGCUUGAAUCGCUGCUCCGCUUCAUUGUGACCGGGACGUUUGCUCCCGAUGCCUCGCGGUCCUUGAUGUGGGCCUUCCCACCGCCAGCAGGUGAGGUCGCUCCCCCUGCGCAGCAGGUCAUUGCUAGUGAGCCUGUUGUGGGCAUUCCCGAGGUGCCGACUGACAUCGGGGAAGAGGCGUCGGUGGACGAGGGGCAAAGCAGCUGCUCCACUUCAAGUAGCAGCAGCAGCAGCGAGUCCAGUUCAUCGGACGGAGAUGCAAAGCCGCUAGCUAAGAGGGCGAGGGUGUCAGAUGCAGUUCCGAACCGCAUUGAUGCAGAGGGUGGCUGGGUGGUGCACAGACGUCACGCGCAUGGGAAAUCUCGUGUGCAAGACUUGCCAACGAAAUUCCAGCUGAGGGCAGAAAAGAGCAGGGCAGUCAUGGAAGUGGGUGGCAUGGGUCCUCAGGGGCCGCCACCCUCCUCGGGCAAGGGGGGCCUGGCCCUGCCCAUUAAGGCGCACUUUGCUGCGCGAGCCGCUGAGGUCCGGCUGUCGAAUGAGUCCAUCCUGGCUCUGAAGAGGCAUGGUUUCCAGACGCUGGGGCAAUUAGCCUAUGCAGUGGGGCAGCCGGGGCAGCUUAUUCCUGAGCUUGAGUUCACAGACUGGUGCAGAGCUCACGUGCCGGCAGCGUCGGCAGCCGACUUAGCGUCGUUGAAGCGGCUCGUCUUCGAAGCUCAGACUUUAGCCCUCACGCAGCUUCGUGCGCAAGUGACGGAGCCGGAUGCAGCAUCAAAGAGGGUCCCUGAGGCAGAAAGAGAGCGCAGGCUCCAGCGUUUGAGGGAUGACUUAAGUGGUCUGAACAUUGAGGGGCCACUGGAGCCCGGGAGGAAGCUUUUGGAUGAGUGUGCGCAUCAGGAGGCUCUCGGACAGCUUAAGUACUUGUCGCCAGACAGAUGCAUCAGUCGAUUGCACGAGGUGACUCACGCCAAGCCCUCAAGCCGUCAAGUGGAGAUUGACCAAAGCCGCUUGGUCAUCAAGGAUGCCCAGGACGAGAUCUCAAUGCCAGCUUCUUCUGCUCUGCAAGUUCAGGAGGCUCUUCGAAGGAGAGGGUUAGCGUACACGUUCGCCCAAGCCGUGACGUGGAACUCUUAUGACAAAUAUGUGACUAGGCUUUUCGCUCACAUGCACCGGGACCCCCCACCGUCUUGCAAUCGCAUCUCCGUCAGCCAAAUCGUGGAAGCCGACCGACUGGUGUUCACCAGGUUGAUCGAACUGAACAUCAAGCCCAAGCAGGACACAGAUGGCAGCAUGCCGAUGGACAAGGCCCCUCAUGAGGCUCUUGAAUCGUAUGAAGUAAGUUUCGCCUUGAUGCACCUCCCCAGCAAGGGGCCCGGGAAUCCACCUAGGCCUUGGAAGCGACUGAAGACUCAGCAUCAGGAUACCCCUGGAAAAGGCAAGGACAAGAACAAGAAGGGAAAUGGAAAGGGCGGCAAAACAGCUGCCCCAUGGGUGAGCAUUCCUAAGUUCAUCAGGGAUCGCGGUGGCCAUGCAGCCACGCCGGCAGGUGAGCCCAUCUGCUUCACGUAUUCCAUUCACGGCAAGUGUGCAGUGCCAAAUUGCCCUCGCAAGCAUGUCUGUGCUCGCUGCUUCGGUGAGCAUGCUCUCUUGAAUCACAAAGACAAGGUGAUCCAAUCCCAGGUUUUUGAUGUGGCUUGCAUUGCAGCCCUUGCCAACGCUGAGGUCCACUCUUGGACAACCGGCGCUUACGUCUUAGGUGGCAACCUGGGGGCGCGCCAGAACCUGACGCUGUUUCCUUUAACCUCGACUCUUUUGGCCUGCGUCCUCAGAGCUGCCCAGUCGAAUGCAACUUUCACUAGUCUUGCGCUUCUUUCGAAUCAACGUGCCAUCGUGCAUCGUGACUUAAACAAUGCUGCAGCCUCCGUGAAUACCGCCAUUGCACUCAGUCAAUUCGGGGGCGGCGGCAUCUGGGUCCAAGGAGAUGGUGCCGAGGUCUGCCCCGACCCAUCGGGCAGUGAACUUGGUCAUGUCUUGAAUUUUGAUUGCGGCGCGAUUCAAUUCGAUUCACAUGUCAAUCACGCAACAGUGCCCUGGUCUGGUUUGCAGCGCUUGCUGGUGGCAUUUACUGUCAAAGGCUUCGAAGCCAUGGGGCCUGAUCUAAUCGAGAGUUUGCUGCAAGCCCAAUUUGCAGUUCCUGCCAUUGGCACCGCGGAUGUCUUCCUCAGGCCUACUUCGAGCUUCCCCGUGUGUGUGGAGCUUUUUGCGGGCAUCGGCCGCCUCACUUCGCACCUUAAGGCGCAUGGUUACCCGGGUUCCGUUUGCGUUGACAUCCAGCCAAGCUCCUCAGCUUCAACGAUCCCGCGAAAAGUGGACAUCAGCAUGCAGGUUCCUUUGAUCAUCGAGUGGUUGCGCUCCCCUCAUGUGUUUGCUGUGCAUUUGGCGCCGCCGUUUGCGUGUGAUGAGCCUUUGUGUUUUGCUCUUGCGGCUCUUGUGAGCUUCGCUGUGGAAGCCAAGCACUUAGUUUCUUUCGAACUGCCUCUCAGCAGCCCAUUUUGGGCGUCGGAGGCUGGCAAGCAGGUUGAGACACUGUGUCCCCACGUCGUUCUGCUUAACUUGUGCUGCUUCGAUUCUGAGCCAGUGUCUAGUGCUAUCGCCAGCAAUCGUGAUGCCUUUAGCAGUCUUCAGACUUCUUGCACUUGUGGCCAGCCUCACUUGCAACCGGAGUCGUCCGAUCGGGCAUACUCCUGGAAGUUGGCUACUCGCUUGGCAGCUUGCAUAAAACAUGAGCCAGCGGCUUCGCCGCCCGCAGCCGACAUGUCUGCUAGGGCGGCCACGCUGUCGCAGCCCAAGGCAUCCAAAUUCCCUGCGUUGGUGUCGGAGCACCAACAAGUCGUCAUCACUCGAGGCUCAGCUGACUCAGCUGACUGGCCCGUUGUUUGCAUGGGCCGCUUGAAAGCUUCGCUGCAGCUGCCUGCAUCAGUAUACUGCCAUCUUCGGACCUUGCCAGAGGGAUCGCAGCUGUUGCGUGUUACACCUGACACUUCGGUUAAGAGGGGUGAGCCUGAGGUUUUCAUUUCGGCUUGGGGGUUGCCUAGGUCGCCAGAGGAGUUUGUGAAAGCAGCAGUGGCAGCCGGCCACCCGUGUCGCAACGACUUUGUGCUUCCAGCUGCCCUUUCAGGUGCCAUAGAGAGAAAUGCAACCGAAUCAUCCGAGUCCCUUGCCAGGAGCAGAGCGAUGUUCUUCAAGAAGUGGGCGGCCCGCAGCAUUGAGCUUGAAGGCGCAGAGCGUGCGUUCAAAGAAUCGUUGGCCCCUCACGUGUCUCAGAGUCUUGCACCGAAGAAGCUUUUGCUUUGGAAGGAGUUGAUGGAAGCAUUCGAAUAUCCGGAUGUUGAUGUCUUCAAUGAAGUGACUCAGGGCGUUUUGUUAACGGGCCCCACGCCUGUGACAGGGAUCUUCCCCCCGGUUUUUUGGCCCCCUAAUAGGUCGGACAAGGACUUGUCGGUUUGGGCCCCCGAGCUGAGGGAAAGAAUCUUGGAUCGUGUCAGGCCACAGGGUGAUGAGGACGUUGUGGUCCACCGUAAGACGGUUGAGGAGAGAGAAAUGAAGUGGGCUAGGGGUCCGGUUGCUAGGGAAACGCUUGAGCUGGAUGCGUUGGUCAGUAGGAGGUUUGGGUUGAAGCAGGGUGCCAAGGUUCGCCUGGUCGAUGACAUGUCGGCUAGUGGGGUGAACGAGCUCGUGACCGUGCACGAGUCUCCCAAGCCUCAUGGCCCUGACGUGAUUGCGGGGGCUGCUCUUGCGGCGAUGCGCCGCUUACCCGGGGUUCCGCUCUCGGGCAGAGCUUACGACCUUCGCUCUGCAUACAGACAGCUUCCGAUUCAUCCGAAUUCGUUGAAACAUUCUUAUGUGAGUCAUUGGAAUGCUGAAGCUUGCUCGGUUGAAGUGGACCAGCUUCUUGCGCUCCCUUUUGGAGCGGCGCGCUCAGUAUACUCUUUCAUCCGAGCUGCAACAUCAAUCUGGUGGUUAGGAUGUACUUGUCUGGGACUGAUGUGGAGCGUCUUCUUUGAUGAUUUCGUCACUCUUGCAAAGACAUGCGACACCCGCCACACCGAUGCGGCAGCCUCAGCCCUUUUCCGGCUGCUCGGCUGGAACUUCGACGAGUGUGGGUCAAAAGCGACCGAGUUUUCUAAGGUUUUUAAGGCGUUAGGUGUGGUUUUCAAUUUGUCCGAGGCCCAUCUUGGAAAAGUGUUAAUCACUAACACCCGUGAGCGGAUUGACGAGCUGUGCAACUUCAUUGCUCGUGUGGUGGAGUCUCGCGCCCUGUCUCGGGCGACGGCGCAGCGACUGCGCGGCAGGAUGCAGUUCUGCGACAGCUACCUGUUUGGUCGCUCGUCCAGAUUGUGCUUGCAGACCGUCACAAAACACGUGCACUCUGGAAGUGAUUCAGUUCAAGGCGAGGACCUUUGGGAUGCGCUUCUUCGCUUCCGCGAUUGCCUUAAGGCAAGCAAACCUCAUGCGAUCGAAGCCAAUCAUCAGGAGCCUCUCGUUUUGUUCACCGACGCCUGCUACGAGCCCGGGUCUUCGUGGUGUGCGGGGCUAGGGGCUGUGGUGUUUAGCUCUAGUGGGGUGCCGUUGGGGUUUUUCUCUUUGUGUGCUGACAAGGAUGCCCGCGAGGCGCUGGGCGAAGGAUCCAAGAAGACCAUAAUCUUUGAGCUUGAAUUCCUUGCCCUGCUAGCCGCUUUGGUGCAUUGGCGUGCCGUUUUCAAGAAUCGGCCUCUUGUAUGCCACAUCGAUAAUAACACAGCUAGGGACGUGGCCAUCUCCGGCCGUGGCCGGAGCUGUGUGGCCAGAGCCCUUGCGACGGGGCUCCUGACCUUGGAAGACUCGGGCGAGAUCCGGUGUUGGUACACGCGGGUCCCAUCGCCGUCGAAUAUUGCAGACCUGCCAUCCCGAUCGUCGUGUACAUCGCUGACCAUUGGGGGUGUGACCCUCGCAGCCGAA